UUUAGUUCUAAGAAAGAUCCAUGUCAUGAUCUGGACAGCACGGUGCCAAGCUCGUCAAAUAUUAUAGCAUGUAUCUAUAUCUAUAUCUAUAUAUAUAAAUUCUGGCUCAGAAUAGGAAAAACUUUUUCAGACAAUGUAUUUUCAAAAACAAAAAGAUAAGCAAUACGCCGGUGGUAGUGGCAGCGACGACAUUUAUCACGAAGAACGACCCAUUCUCUCCGAUCACGCAAUGAGGACCACCGAUGACGAUCUUGCUGACCGCGGGGAGGUCAUCGUCAAGAUCGACGGCGGCGGCGGAGGAGGGGGAACCCCCAAUUCUGGCGGCAACAAGAUUUGGCGUGAAUCCAGCUAUGACUUCUGGAAAGACGACGAGUUCCGGCCGCCGCCGGAGGAGGCGGCGGCGGCGGAGAACCCGCCGUCGAGACUGAUCGACCAGUUGUUGAGGAAGCAGAAAGCCGCGGGCGCCGAGAUGUCGCUGGACGUGGAUUUGGAGAUGGACGAGCUCCGCCGCCAAAACUCUGUCAAUUUGCUUCCGGUGGCCGAGACUCUGGUUCCGAUUCGGAACAACAACAGCGACAACAAUCAGCGAGUUUGGACUUCGAAGGAGGUGAAGGUUUCGUUUCAAGAAACCACUUCGUCCGCCGAGAAACGAAACAGAGAAGAAGAAUCUGUAAUUCUACCUGAAUCGUCCGAUGACGACGACGAAGACGAUGAUGAUAUAGAAGACAGACAUUCACAAGCACAACAAUUUCACAAUCGACUGCGGUCAUCGUUCACGGCCGUGGAUAACAAUGGCGGUGGUGGUGAGGUCUUGAAAUGUACCUCAUUCCAGAGGAGACAGAAGAGUAUAUUGAGGACCAAGACGAAGUCAAGAUUAAUUGACCAACCGGAAAUUCCGGACCGGAGACCGGAAAAGGGAAAAUCGGGUCCGAUGAAGUCUGGGAUGUUACGGAAGUUCUCUGGAAUGUUGGAGGAUGAAGAAGACGACCCGUUCGACGACGACAUCCCGGAAGAGUUUAAAAGGGCUAAUCUCAAUGCACUGACUAUGAUUCAAUGGAUCAGUCUGGUAUUGAUUGUGACUUUCUUGGUUGCCACUGUAUCAGUUUCUGAUUGGAAGAGAGAAAAAAUUAGGGGGUUGGAAUGGUGGAAAUGGGAGGUUUUGAUUCUUGUUCUGAUAUGUGGUAGAUUGGUGUCCGGUUGGGGGAUUAGGAUUGCUGUGUUCUUCAUUGAGAGGAAUUUUCUUCUGCAAAAAAGGGUUUUGUAUUUUGUGUAUGGGGUGAGGAAGGCAGUUCAGAAUUGCAUUUGGUUAGGGCUUGUUUUGAUUGCUUGGCAUUACAUGUUUGACAAGAAGGUUGAGGAUGAGACCGACAGCAAUAAGUUCCUUCAGUUUGUGAAUAAGAUUCUGUUGUGCCUAUUGGCGGGCACACUGUUGUGGCUAGUCAAAACCCUAAUGGUUAAGGUCCUUGCUUCUUCAUUCCAUGUGAGCACGUUCUUUGACAGGAUUCAGGAGUCGUUGUUUAAUCAAUAUGUGAUUGAAACGCUGUCUGGUCCGCCUUUGAUUGCGUUGCAUAGCAAUCUGGACGAAGACGAGAGGGCUAUGGCCGAGAUUCAGAAGCUUCAGAAUGCAGGGAUGAAUGUGCCUGCUGAGCUGAGGGAGACUGUCUUGUCGCCAGGCAAGAGUGGGAGAGGAGUGAUUGGGAGUGGAGCGAUUCCGAAAACAACAGGUAGAGGUGGGAGCAUGCAGUAUUCUGGGACAUAUUCUAAGAAGCUAGAUGAGGGGAUACCAAUUGAUUAUCUGCAUAAGUGGAAUCAUAAGAAUAUCUCUGCUUGGAAUAUGAAGAGGUUGAUGAAAAUGGUUAGGCAUGGUCUUUUGGCUACAUUGGAUGAGCAGAUACUAGAUUCAUCAUAUGACAAUGAGUCCAAUAAUCAAAUUAGAAGUGAAUUUGAGGCUAAAGUUGCAGCAAGGAAGAUAUUCCGAAAUGUGGCUAGAUGCGGUUCCAAAUACAUCUACCUUGAAGACCUGAUGCAUUUCAUGAAAGAAGAUGAGGCUUUGGAGACACUGAAUCUCUUGGGAGGAUCUUCCAGAAGUGAAAAAAUCAGCAAGUCAGCCCUGAAGAGCUGGGUGGUGAACGCCUUCAGAGAACGAAGAGCACUUGCCUUGACGCUAGAUGACACGAAAACAGCAGUCAACAGACUUCAUCAUAUGGUGAAUGUGUUAGUUGGGAUCAUCAUAGUUAUCAUCUCACUCAUUAUACUAGAAAUUGCAACCAGCAAAAUGCUAGUCUUCGUAAGCUCUCAGGUCGUGGUAGUGGCAUUUGUGUUCGGAAACACCUGCAAAACAAUUUUUGAAGCUGUCAUCUUCUUGUUCGUGAUGCACCCAUAUGAUGUGGGUGAUCGGUGUGAGAUUGAUGGAGUCCAGAUGAUAGUGGAAGAGAUGAACAUUUUAACUACCAUCUUUCUGAGAUUUGACAACCAGAAGAUCAUAUAUCCAAACAGUACUCUCGCAACUAAGCAAAUCGGUAACUACUAUCGAAGUCCUGACAUGGGAGAUUCAGUUGAAUUCUGUGUCCAUAUUGUUACUCCAGCAGAGAAAAUUGCUAUCAUGAAGCAAAGGAUAACAAGUUACAUCGAAAGCAAGAAGGACCACUGGUAUGCUUCUCCGUUGAUUGUGUUGAUGGAAUUUGUGGAAUUGAACCAGCUGAAACUGGCGGUAUGGAUGAGACAUAGAAUGAACCACCAAGACAUGGGGGAGAAGUGGUCAAGGAGAGCCCUUUUGGUUGAAGAGAUGGUUAAAAUUUUCAAAGAGCUCGACAUUGAAUAUCGAUUGCUGCCCCGCGACAUCAACAUUCGUAGCAUGCCUCCUUUGAACUCCACCCAACUUACCUCUAACUGGACAGACAGGUCCUAACAAAUGAGCAAAGAGUUGAAAAAGUUCACCACUCACAGGAAAAAAAAAAAUCAAUACCUCGGGAGUACUUACAUGUGGCACCCCGCCAAUAAAGAGGUAUCGAAACUCUCAAUCUUCCUUGAUAAUAGAGAAUUGGCGAGUUUUCGAGAAAAUGAGGAAUUUUUAUUGGCCGGUAAAUACCCCGGUCGUAAUUUUGUACUUUUUCAUCUCGGAGAUACAUCAAAUACAUGAGAGAUGGUCAGGCACUACAACUAAUGCAGAUAAAAUGGAGAAUUUUGGUUAUCCUGGAUCUGCUCUAGUGGCUCUUGAAUAGUUAUUUCUUUUUGUUUCUAAUUAUUGUAGUUAUUGUGUUAGUUUUUUUAUUUAGCACCAGAGGACCAAACAAACUAUUAAGCCGCAUAGAGUAGUAGAGUACGUACAUAUACAUGGAUUGAUCACAGUGGGUUUUGGCUAUCAAGUCCCUUACUGAGAUUUUGUCAUAAAACUUGACAUUAUAUUUUAUUUUCUGUCAAUUUUAAAGAUGCA